AUCUUAGAGAUUUUUGGCGAAUAUGCAACAGAAAAAAAACAUUGGGGGUGGAAAUUUGUAAAGCUUGAAAAGUGAGUGAGUAGAGAAAUCUGAAAAAUUGGGAAUAGAAUAAUUAAAGUGGAAUAAGAAGAGAAGCUUCAAGAAAGAGAAGAAGAAGAAAUCAAAAUCGCGGGAAAGAAACCCUAAUUAUCAUAAAUCAGACAACUUAAAUGGCAGAGAAAUUGGCUCCUGAGAAGCGCCAUGCUUUCGUCCAGAACGGGCAGACAGUGUUCGAAUGGGAUCAAACCCUGGAGGAGGUAAAUAUGUACCUAAAUCUACCUCCAAAUGUACCUCCAAAGCAAUUCUACUGCAAGAUUCAGUCCACUCAUCUUGAACUUGGCAUCAAAGGCAACCCUCCUUACCUCAAUCACGACCUCUCCUGUCCAGUCAAGACUGAUUCUUCUUUUUGGACUUUAGAGGAUGACAUAAUGCACAUAACACUUCAGAAAAGGGAGAAGGGUAAGACUUGGCCCUCCCCGAUAUUGGGUCAAGGUCAGCUCGAUCCUUACUCCACUGAUGUUGAACAGAAGCGCCUUAUGCUUCAAAGGUUUCAGGAAGAGAACCCUGGUUUUGACUUUUCACAGGCUCAAUUUUCGGGGAACUGUCCUGAUCCUAGGACAUUCAUGGGUGGAAUUCACACGGGUUAACGACCAUGAUGUGUUUAGAUGAGUGUCAAUAAACUCUAACCAAUCUCUAGUAAAUAAAACAUUCUAUUUGUUACUUCUGUUUUGUAAUUCGUAUAUUCAUGAUAGAAUUAGCUUGUUAAUUAAUCUUAUGGCGAUAUUUGAAAUAUGCAAACGAAGAUUUGUCCCUUGUUUAUUGUAAGUAAUGUUGUUUAUUUAUUAA